CUGUGGCAAAAACUGAGAUCUCUAUUUAUAAGUACACCAUAUAUCGUGAUAAUGGCUAUGGGCGCCAAAAAGUGUCCGACAGCAAAUGACAGAGCCGAGCACAACAAAUUGGCGAAGAACCGCUGACCAGGUGCAGCAGCAAUAACAGCAGCAGCAGCAACAUCAGUCAGCGAGCCGAGGAAAAUUAAACUGCUGGGGAAAUUGAAAGGCGAGAAAACAGACAGCAACGACAGCGACAGCGCGGCAGCAACAGUAGCUGCCACCACCGCGGCAACCUCUACGACACCAGCAGAAAUUGCUGUAACAGCAGCAGCAACAUCAGCAGCAGCAGCAGGAACAGGAGGAGCUGCGACAGCAACAGCCACUGCGACGACAGCAGCAGCAAUCCAAACAACCAAAAUCAGCCAAGUGAGGCUUAAUAACCCAGCGACAACAAGCAUGUUACUUUUGCAACCCAAUAGCUCCUUUAGUUCGCUGUCGCCCUUCGAUAAUUUCUCCACGCAAACCGCUACGACGACCACGACCACGUCGGCAGCCGCAGCUGGACACCACCACCACCAUCAUCUCCUCCAUCAGCAUCACCAGCAGCAGCAGAAUCAUCUGCAGCAGCAGCAACAGCAGCAGCAGCAACUGGAACUGCAGCAGCAAUUGCAACACCAGCAGCAGCAUCAACUUGUGAGCCCGCAGCAACAUUUGCUGAAGACGGAGUCGCUGCUCUCCCAUGAGGAGGAUCAGCUGAUUAGCAACCUGACCGACUCGGCUGUGGCCCACAGCGAACUCUUCUCGGAUCUCUUCUUCCCCUCGGACUCCAACAACUCCCUGCUCUCGCCGACCACCAGCGGCUAUCCGGACAACCCCGCCGAGGACCUGACCAGCUCCAUCGAGAACCUCACCAAGUUGACUUGCCUGCGCGACAAGCGCCUGUCCUCGAUCCCGGAGCAGCAGCUAAGCUCGGAGCAGGAGCAGCAGCUUUGUCUGCUGAGUCUGCGUUCUAGCAGCGAUCCGGCAAUUGCUCUGCACGCCCAGCAGCAGCACCACCAACAACAACAGCAGCAGCAGCAACACCAGGAGCAGCAGCAGCAACUCCAGCUGAUCUCGCCCAUCGGUGGGCCCUUGUCCUGCGGCAGCAGCCUACCCAGCUUCCAGGAGACCUACUCCCUGAAGUACAACAGCAGCAGCGGGAGCAGCCCCCAGCAGGCCUCCGCCUCGGGCUCAACUAGCGCACCCUCCUCCACAACCGCUCCCACGCCCACGGAUCAGGUGCUGACCCUCAAGAUGGAUGAGGACUGCUUUCCGCCGCUAUCCGGCGGCUGGAGCGCCAGUCCGCCGGCACCCUCACAGCUCCAGCAACUGCACACUCUCCAGACCCAGUCGCAGUCGCAGUCCCAAUCCCAGAUGUCGCAUCCCAAUGGCAACAGCAGCAAUAACAACAGCGGGGCCUACAAUUACCAUGGCCACUUCAACGCCAUCAAUGCCAGCGCCAAUCUUUCGCCCAGCUCCUCGGCCAGUUCCUUGUACGAAUACAAUGGAGUCGGCGCCACCGAUACCUUCUACGGACAGCAGCAGCAGCAGCAGAGCUACCAGCAACAUAACUACACCUCGCACAAUGGCGAGCGCUACUCGCUGCCCACUUUCCCCACGAUUUCCGAGCUGGCGGCGGCCACAGCGGCCGUGGAAGCAGCAGCGGCUGCCACCAUUUCCUCGGGCUCCUCGCCUUCGCUAGGCGGUACUCCGCCUGGUCGCCGGGCAUCGCUGCCCGUGCAGCGAACCGUUUCGCCCGCCGGCUCCUCUGCCCAGAGUCCCAAGUUGGCCAAGAUCACGCUUGGCCAGAGGCACACCCAUGCCCACGCUCACCCGCUUCAGCUAAGCUCGGCCCCAAAUUCGGCGGCCAGUUCGCCGGCUAGUGCGGAUCUGCAGGCGGGCCGGCUCCUGCAGGCUCCAUCGCAAUUGUGCGCAGUUUGCGGGGACACGGCCGCCUGCCAGCACUACGGAGUGCGAACCUGUGAGGGAUGCAAGGGCUUCUUCAAGCGGACGGUGCAGAAGGGCUCCAAGUACGUCUGCCUGGCGGACAAGAACUGCCCGGUGGACAAGAGGCGGCGAAACCGCUGCCAGUUCUGUCGGUUCCAGAAGUGUUUGGUCGUCGGCAUGGUCAAGGAAGUGGUGCGAACUGAUUCGCUGAAGGGACGCAGGGGACGACUGCCCUCGAAGCCAAAGUCUCCCCAGGAGUCGCCGCCUUCGCCGCCGAUCUCGCUGAUUACGGCCUUGGUGCGCAGCCAUGUGGACACCACACCCGAUCCCUCCUGCCUGGAUUACACCCAUUACGAGGAGCACACGAUGAGCGAGGCAGACAAGGUGCAGCAGUUUUACCACCUGCUGACUAGCUCCGUGGACGUGAUCAAGCAGUUUGCCGAGAAGAUACCCGGCUACUUGGAUCUCCUGCCCGAGGAUCAGGAGCUGCUGUUCCAGAGUGCCUCUUUGGAGCUGUUUGUGCUGCGCCUGUCGUAUCGCUCCAGGAGCGACGACACCAAGAUGAUCUUCUGCAACGGAACGGUGCUCCAUCGCAGUCAGUGCCAGCGAUCCUUCGGCGAAUGGCUCAACGACAUCAUGGAGUUCAGCCACAGCCUGCACAACCUGGAGAUCGACAUCUCCGCCUUCGCCUGCCUCUGCGCCCUCACCCUUAUCACAGAACGCCAUGGCCUGCGGGAGCCGAAGAAGGUGGAGCAGCUGCAGAUGAAGAUCAUUGGCAGUCUGCGCGACCAUGUCACCUACAAUGCCGAGGCGCAGAAGAAGCAACACUACUUCAGCCGGCUGCUGGGGAAGCUGCCCGAGCUGCGCUCCCUCAGCGUCCAGGGAUUGCAGCGCAUCUUCUAUCUCAAGCUGGAGGAUCUGGUACCGGCCCCGGCUCUCAUCGAGAAUAUGUUCGUCACUACAUUGCCCUUCUAGGCGAUCGAACAUCACCAAGCGUAUCAUCACAACCUUGCUUCCUUGAACUAGCCCUAAGUUAUGCCCCCUAAGAUAUAGUUUAUAGUAUAUACAGGUAACCCCCAACUAGCUUUAGUAGAGCCCGAAAUAAAUAAAAUCUCACUGAAACAAGAAAACCGAAAUAAAACGCAGACCCAGGCCAUAUCUCUAGACAUACAGUAGGGCUAGAUAGGCAAGACAACACACACACCCCUCGGAUAAUUACGGACAUGAAUAUUUAAGAGAGGGUUUCCGCUGCAAAAUCA